AUGAGGUUCAUCUUCUGGCUAAGCGGUUUAGCAUUGAGCUCUCAGCCAGGGACUGACCAACCUGACUCCCAGCCGGCGCCUCCUGUGAGCCUCGCAGUGCCGUUGCUCGAGGCAUCUCUACAGAGUCUACCCAGCCGAGGGUCCCAGGCUCAAACGGAUAUUCAGAAUCUUCAGGUGCCAACUCCCGGCGUCUCCGAACUGGAUAUCACCACGCCAGGCCAGACGUUUGAUAUCACUCUUAUUCCCAUUACACCACUCGAGGUCAACCGAUACGGGAGGAAUGUACUAGUUAAAGACGAGUACGAGGCUUUCUUGGUCGAGAAAGGUCCUUUGGAUUGUUCAGAGGAGCUUGCUCCGGUCGCGGGAUGGGAGCCGCUCACACAACCAGAAGGGGCUAUGAUCUUCUAUCAGCCAUAUAAAAGAGUUUUCACUGAUGUUGAUGUUCGAGAUCCUCACAGUAGAGUCAAAAUUGACAAAGCUGUUGAGAAGGCGUAUCAUGAAGCGCGCAACGCAAGCAUCCCCUUGGAUCCAUUCGUCGAGCUAGGGUUAGAGCUCAUUGUAAAGGAUGGCGAAGAAAUGUGGGGUUACUACUUUGUUGACCACGAAAAACGUGUCAUUUUCUGGUUUGAGGACCACAUAUCCGAUUCCCUCAUGAGCGGCAUCCGAGGGGUAGAGCGAAAAAGUCAUAUCAAGCAUGCACUAGAAUCACAAUACUGGAGACACAUUGAGCUAUUUCCGAACAGACGCCUCCUUUCGGAAGACAUUGUUGUGGAACUCAAAGAACUCGUCAUGUAUGCACAGGCAGUACAUUUUACUUCGAACGAGAUCGCAAGUAUUCUCAGCCUCGUCGAUCUUCUUGGAAACAGUGCUAACAAGAACUGCGAGCACUUUGUGUGGAUCACCGCUCGAAUCAUGAAACAUCUCUGCGAAACUAAGUUUGUGAAUUUCUGUGGACAACCAGGCGCCCGACUUGACGUAGAGAAAUCGUUGUACGAAAAAUCUGAUACCUUGAAAAACAAGCUCGUUUGGACAGAGCGCAAGGCCUUCCACAAAGUAUGGGUCGAUGGAAGGAUCGUUCAUGUGCGGUGGGAGCAGUACAUGAACAAGCUGAAUAGUGACUGGAAUGGAUAUACAAUAUUUUCUACUGUGAUGGUUGCUGUUGAUGUCAGCUUUCUCGCAGUCCUAUCCAUCCAGACUCAAAAGAAUGUGAUUGUAAUACUUUACAUGUCUACCCUCUCUGCCACGUGCUCGUUGGUCAUUACACUUUUUUUCGUUGUACAAGUCAAUACGCAAUUACGAGGCUCCAAUACAUCUGUGGUUUCUCACCUAAACAGAAUGGCGGUGGGUUCUGUGCUUGGCUCGGACAGCUUUCCAUUUAUGCUCAGUCUGCCGUUCGGAUUUCUGUUGCUUGGGUAG